AUAAAAUCUACCAACCAGUUUUAAGCCCUAAAACCCUCCCCGCUCUCGGACUUAAAUCUCAAUCUGCGCGCGAAGAGAGAUCGUCGCUAAAUUUCUGCUAUUUUAUCUUCUUUACUGGCAUUCAAUGGCUUCACAAUGUUACUUCAAGCUGCGAAACCCUAAUCACCAAAGCGAUUUCAGCCAGGGUUGUCUAAUUUACGAAGAUUUCAAUGGCGGAAGGAUGUUGUCUCGUGGGAGCCAAUAGGGAAGUGAUAAAUCCAUUCACUCUUUUCGUCUCUACGACUCAGCUCUAUCUCGUCCUCAGCGAAGCAUUCUAGUCUUUCCAAGCCUCCGAGAUGCCCAUCUAUAAAAUCAGGGGAAUUAAUGUGGAUUUCCCUUAUGAAGCUUAUGAUUGUCAACUUGUAUACAUGGAAAAGGUCAUACAAUCUUUGCAGGAGGGUUGUAAUGCUUUGUUGGAGAGUCCUACAGGAACAGGGAAAACUCUUUGCUUACUAUGUGCCACGCUAGCCUGGAGAAAGACGUUGGGCAACUUUUCACUGAAGGUAGAUGAAGCCAAAAGCUGUUUUUCUGGUAGCCAACCGCCUGAUAGUCAAUCAACACAAAGUCCAAAAUCAGAAUUUCCUGUCAUUAUUUAUAGUUCUCGCACUCAUAGCCAGUUGAAGCAAGUCAUACGGGAACUAAAAGCAACCAAUUACAGGCCUCGAAUGGGGAUAUUAGGUUCUCGGGAGCAAAUGUGCAUUCAUGAUGACGUGAGGCAGCUUCGUGGUAGAACGCAAAAUGUUGCUUGCCACACCAUUUGCAAAAAGCGGAAGUGUCGACAUCACCUUAAUGUGACUGAGUUCAUGAAAAAUCGUCAAGAUAUUGGCAAUGAUCCUUUCGACAUAGAGGAUCUGGUUAAGAUUGGGAGGACAAAAGAUGCAUGCCCCUACUACAUAAGCCGCGAGCUUCACAAGGCUGUUGAUAUUUUGUUUGCACCAUAUAACUAUCUCAUUGAUCCUGGAAACCGAAGUUCUUUAUCCGGCAUCUCAUGGAGCAAUGCUGUGCUUAUUUUUGAUGAAGCUCACAACCUGGAUAGCAUAUGCGCUGAUGCAGCUUCAUUUGACUUGCCCUCCAGUUAUCUGACUGUUUGUAUAACCGAAGCAAAAGAAUGCAUUGACCUUUGUAUCGAGAAGAGGGCACUUGAAAGAGCAGCUGAUAAACGAUAUGAUCCGGAAACCUAUUCUAUUCUCAGAGGUCUUCUACUAAAGCUUGAGAAACGAAUUGCUGAAAUUCCAAUUGAAUCCAAAGAGCUUGGCUUUACUCGACCUGGACACUAUAUCUAUGAGUUCCUCUCUGAUUUGAACAUUACAGAUAAGACAUCAAAUAUGCUAAUUGAUACAAUUGAAAAUGCUUCUUUACUUCUUGAGGAAGGCAAUACAUCUCAGGAUGGAAGGCAAAGACAACCUAACACAGCUUGCAGAUUAGAGAUCAUCGGAAACAUCCUUAAAAUUGUAUUCAGGGAUGGUGGUAAAAGCCAUGCCAGCUUUUAUCGUUUCCAUGUGCAGGAGUCACAAUCAAUUACUUCAGAUUCCCUGAAAGGUAAACUUUCCCGGUCGCUUAGCUGGUGGUGUUUCAACCCUGGACUCGCAAUGAAAGAAUUUGUGAAAUUGGGUGUGCGCUCAAUUAUAUUGACAUCUGGAACGUUAUCUCCUCUUGAAUCAUGUGCCCAAGAAAUGAACUUGGGAUUUCCAGUGAGGUUAGAGAAUCCUCAUGUUGUAUCACCAGAUCAGGUCUGGGUUGGAGUUGUACAAAGUGGCCCAUCUGGUUAUUCACUUAAUUCCUCCUAUCGCACUCGUGAUUCUUUAGAGUAUAAGCAGGAGCUUGGCAACACCAUUGUGAAUUUUUCUAAAAUUGUGCCUGCUGGAUUACUCGUCUUCUUUCCCUCAUACUAUCUUAUGGAUCAAUGCAUUGAAUGUUGGAAGAAUAUGAGCCAUGCGAGGUCGAGUGAAUGCAUUACAAUAUGGGAAAGAAUCUGCAAAAAUAAACAACCUGUCAUAGAACCCAAGCAGUCGGCACUUUUUCCGAAUGCUAUCGAGGAUUUUGAAGCAAAGCUGCAUGACAAGACUAUGUCGGGGGCAAUAUUUUUUGCAGUUUGUCGUGGCAAAGUUAGUGAGGGUCUUGAUUUUGCUGAUCAAACAGGGAGAGGAGUUGUGAUCACUGGAAUGCCUUUUUCGAUGAAGACUGAUCCCAAGAUUCGCCUCAAACGCGAGUACUUGGAUCAGCAAGCCAUAGCAAGGAAGAAAGACUCUAAAGAUGCUCUGACUGGUGAGCAGUGGUACGUGCAGCAGGCAGUGAGGGCUGUGAAUCAAGCUAUUGGUCGUGUUAUCAGACAUCGCCAUGAUUAUGGAGCUAUAGUUCUUUGCGAUGAAAGGUGCCACCAUAAUGUUUGCUCAGCAAAACUAUCAGUGCCAAAUGUCAUAUUGGCUCCGGCCAUACGUCAAGUGCUACCCGAGGUUUGGAGAUGUAGUUUUUAAGAUGAUUAGAUUUUUUCGUGAGAAAGAAUUUUCUAUUCUUCAGAAGCCAAAGUUAACUGAAAGCCUCGUCACAGAGAAGAUUAAGGUGGAAGAGCAACCAAUAUCCGCAUCUGAUUUCUUCAGCUGCUUG